GAUCGAUUCACCUAAUCCUUAAUUCUAAACAGUUAAUUUAACACAGUAGAUGCACAAACUAGUUGUACAUACAUAUGCAUAAAGAUAUGGAAAAAAUAGCCACACGUUAAAAACUCUUAGAAGCCAAAAAGGAUUAUUAUUUAGAAAUGACACUAAGAGGAUAUACGGAUUAUUACCAUUACUCAAAUUAUACAUCUGACGAUGAUGAUGAAAUUGAAGAAUUUAAACGAAAAACGGAAGCGAAUCGAAAAGCAAGAGAAAAAGCUCGACAAGAAUUUGAACGUGACUUAGAAAAAUCAACUGAAUCAGAUGCACGUCAGCCAGCACGCAAAGCUUCUGAUGCAGUUCUCAAUGAAUUCGAUGAAGCUAGACAACGAGCCUGGACAAGGGAUCAACAAACUUUGGAAUACAUUGAUGAAAUAUUAAGAAAUGCUGAAAGAACACCUUUCUAUGUACCUUCAACACAACUCAAUGUAAGAAGAGGUUCGUACAAUAGAUACAGUGAUGUUCGUAAUGGUGAUAAAUCUGAUAAAUCAACUACAGAUGAACUUUUAUCAAAAAGCCAAGAACGUUUAGAAGGUAUUCUAGAUUAUGAGUUACCAAGUGCAGAUAAUUUCAGAAAUAUGCGUCAUUCAUUAAGAGAAAUUAAUGAUAAAAUGUCAAAACAUCGCUUUCUUCUGGAUCGUCACAAUUCAGCAGACUUGGAUGAACAUGAUAAAUCUAAAGUAUCUGAAAGAAUUAAUGAAAAAUAUAAGGAAUUAGAAGAGAGAAUGCCAUGUUUGACUAUGUCUGAUAGAGCACGUGAAAAGGAAAAACGUACGACUCGUUUUGAUCCCACUUUUAUCCCGGGAUAUUCUACUGGUUUAAGUAUUAUAAACUCUGAACAGAAUGCUGAAUUACGAGGUCGGAUUAAAUCAUUACUGUUACGAACAAAACGCAGUGGAUAAAUAUCUACUCUUUCAGUGUUUCAUUUUAUCAUGGUCAUAACUAUAUAGGACUUCAAUGAAAUUGUAAUAUGAAAUAUUAAUUAGAUAACAAUUUACCUUUAAUAAAGCUUGCUAUAAAAUUAUUAUUUUUUUUUUGUAUUUAUGUUAAUAAAUCACGUUAUUGGAAGA